GCUUCUCUCCCCCCCAUUCCCGCUUCUCUCCCCCCCAUUCCCGCUUUUCUUCCCCCCCAUUCCCGCUUCUCUUCCCCCCAUUCCCUCUUCUCUUCCCCCCCAUUCCCGCUUCUCUUCCCCCCAUUCCCUCUUCUCUCCCCCCCAUUCCCGCUCCUCUCCCCCCCAUUCCCUCUUCUCUUCCCCCCAUUCCCUCUUCUCUUCCCCCCCAUUCCCUCUUCUCUUCCCCCCCCAUUCCCGCUUCUCUCCCCCCCCCAUUCCCACUUCCCCCCCAUUCCCGCUUUUCCUCCCGGGAUUCCCCCCGCCAUGUCUUGCUGCGACCCUUUGGAGACGCUGCGGGUGGAAGCGAGCUGCUCCGUGUGCCUGGAAUACCUGCAGGAUCCCGUUCUCCUCGAGUGCGGCCACAACUUCUGCCGCGGCUGCAUCACGCGCUGGUGGGCAGAGCUGCUCCGCGACUUCCCGUGCCCCGUGUGCCGCAAAACCUGCCGGCGCCGCGCUCUGCGCCCCAACCGGCAGCUCGGCAAUCUGGUGGAAGCGGCGCGCAAGCUCCGCGGUGCCAAAAGGAAAGCGGCCGAGGGCACCCGGUGCCCGCUUCACGGCCAAGCCCUGGCUCGCUUCUGCCGCGACGACCAGGCCCCCGUGUGCCUCCUGUGCGAGAUCUCCCACCGCCACCGCGCGCACGUCCUCGUGCCCCUCGAGGCGGCCGCCGGCGAGUACAAGGAGAAGCUGCAGCGCUGCCUGGAGCGGCUGGAGCAGAAGCUGGAAUGUCUCUCUGGCUGCUGCGCGCGCGAGGAGAGGAAACCGGCCGAGCUGAAGAGGCUGGUGGCGGCGCGGCGGGAGCGCAUCGCGCAGGAGUUCGAGGAGCUGCGGGCGCUGCUGGAGCAGGAGGAGCGGCUGCUGCUGCGGCGCCUGGAGGACGAGGAGCGGGAGAUCCUGCAGCGGCUGCAGGGCCACCGGCAGCGCCUGGAGGAGCAGCGGCGCGGGCUCGGCGCCCUCGUGGCCCAGCUCCGGGAGAAGUGCCUGCAGCCCGGAGAGGAGCUGCUCCGGGACAUCAAGGACACUCUGGCCAGGUGCGAGGCGGCGGCAGCUCCGGCGCCCGAUCCCGUUUCCAUCCCCAUCGAGCUGGAAAAGACCUUCUGCAGCUUCCCCCGCCAAUACUUCACCCUGCGGAAGCUCACGCGGCGCCUCAUCGGGGAGGUGACGCUGGAUCCCGACACGGCUCAUCCCAACCUGGUGUUAUCCGAGGACCGGAAAAGCGUCCGCUUUGUGGAAGUGGGACCUCGGGAUGUGCCGGAUUCGCCGCGUCGUUUCACCAUCUAUCCCUGUGUCCUGGCGGCUCAAGGCUUCACCUCCGGGAGGCAUUACUGGGAAGUGGAAGUCGGGGAUAAAACCCAUUGGGCUCUAGGGGUGUGCAAGGAUUCGGUGAGCAGGAAAGGGGAAUUCACCCCCUUGCCCGAGGCGGGAUAUUGGCGCGUCCGGCUCUGGAAUGGGGAUAAAUACGCGGCCACCACCACCCCCUUCACGCCCCUGACGCUGCGGGUGAAGCCGAAGCGCGUCGGAGUCUUCCUGGAUUACGAGGCUGGAAAAGUGGCUUUUUACAACGUGACCGACCGUUCCCACAUCUUCACCUUCACCGCCACCUUCACCGAGAAGAUCUGGCCCCUCUUUUAUCCCGGGAUCCGGGCGGGCAGGAAGAACGCGGCGCCGCUCGUCAUCCGCUCGCCCACCGACUGGGAAUGAGCGGCGAGAGCGGUGGCGGAGGGGAGGCGCUUCCACUGGGAUUCGGCUCUCCAAGGUCCGGGAUGCAGGCAUCCAUCCCUGCUGGGAUCUGACAUCUGGUACUCCUGGGAUGCAGUGAUCCAUCCCUGCUGGAUUCGGCUCUCCAAGGUCCGGGAUGCAGGCAUCCAUCCCUGCUGGGAUCUGACAUCUGGUACUCCUGGGAUGCAGUCAUCCAUCCCUGCUGGAUUUGGGUCUCCAAGGUCCGGGAUGCAGUGAUCCAUCCCUGCUGGAUUUGGGUCUCCAAGGUCCGGGAUGCAGGGAUCCAUCCCUGUGGGAUUUGGCUCUCCAAGGUCCGGGAUGCAGGGAUCCAUCCCUGAUGGAUUUGGGUCUCCAUGGUCCGGGAUGCAGUGAUCCAUCCCUGCUGGAUUCGGCUCUCCAAGGUCUGGGAUGCAGUGAUCCAUCCCUGCUGGGAUCUGACAUCUUGCACCACUGGGAUGCUGGGAUUUGGCUCUCCAAGGUCCGGGAUGCAGGGAUCCAUCCCUGCUGGGAUCUGACAUCUGGUACUCCUGGGAUGCAGGGAUCCAUCCCUGCUGGAUUUGGCUCUCCACGGUCCGGGAUGCAGGGAUCCAUCCCUGCUGGAUUUGGGUCUCCAAGGUCCGGGAUGCAGGGAUCCAUCCCUGCUGGGACUCAGCUCUGACAUCGGGCACCAUCCAGCCUGGAUCCGGUUGUGGCAGCACCAGGAAGGGGGGGCAGGCGUGUGGCAGAGCCGUGUCCUUUUGUCCGUGUGUCCCCAUGUCCCUCUGUGUCCCCCCCGUGUCUGUCUCUGUGUCCCUCUCUAUAUCCGUGUUCUUCCAUGUCCCUCUGUGUAUCCCCAGCCCCAUCCAUGUCCUUCCCCAGCCCCACAUCCAUCCCUGUCCCUCUGUCCAUCUGUCUCCCCACAUCAUCCAUGUCCUUGUGUCCUGCCAGGACCUGUCUGCAUGUCCCUACAUCCCUCUGUGUCCCUGUCCCCACGUCAUCCAUGUCCCCAUGUCCAUCUCCAUCCCCCUAUAUCCGUGUCCCUCUACAUGACCCCACAUCCCUCUGUGUCCGUGUCCCCACAUCAUCCAUGUCCCCAUGUCCCUGUAUCUGUGUCCCCUCAUCAUCCAUGUUCCUCUACAUGUCUCCAUGUCCCUCUUUGUCCAUGUCCCUACAUCCCUGUGUCUGUGUCCCCACAUCAUCCAUGUCCCCAUGUCCCUGUGUCCGUGUCCCCUCAUCAUCCAUGUCCCCAUGUCCCUGUGUCCAUGUCCCCACAUCAUCCAUGUCUCCAUGUCCCUGUGUCCGUGUCCCCACAUCAUCCAUGUCCCCAUGUCCAUGUAUCCGUGUCCCCACAUCAUCCAUGUCCCUCUACAUGUCCCUGUGUCCGUGCCCCACAUCAUCCAUGUCCCUCUACAUGUCCCUACAUCCCCUUGUGUCUGUGUCCUUGCAUCAUCCAUGUCCCCAUGUCCCUGUAUCCGUGUCCCCACAUCACCCAUGUCCCUUCCCGUGUCCCCUCCUCUCCCUCCACCCCCCCGUCCCCUCCCCGCCCCGCCCCGGGGCCGUCCUUUCCCUCCCCGCACACGCCUCGCACACGCCUGGCACACGCCUCCCGCACGCCAUGGCCCCCUCGGGGCCGCCGGAGCGGGGCCCCCUGGCGCGGCUGGCGCGGGACACGCUGUGCCCGGCCUGCGGGCAGCCCCUGCGGGACCCGGUGCUGCUGCCCUGCAACCACGGCUGCUGCCGCCGCUGCCUGCGGGGCGCUGCGGGGACAUCCCCCGGCGCCGCCGUCACCUGCCCCCGCUGCCACCGCGCCUGUGCCCCGCACCGGCUCCGCACCCCCGUGGCCUUGGCCGUGGAGACCCGCAUCGCCCAGCGCCUGGCCCGGGGCACCCCCGCGGCCCCCCGGCGCCCCCAGCGCUGCAGCCUGGGGGCCCAGCUCCGAGCCGACGCCGCCCCCCCCGGCCCCCCCCCCAGCCAAGGAGCCGCCGGAGGGGGGGGGGACCCCCCCGAAGUCGUGUCCCCCCCCCCACUAACACCCCAAUAAACACCGUGUCCCCCCCCA